AUCAUAUUUAUAUCAUCGGUAUAAAUUAUCUACUGGUAAUAUUCUCAUAUUUAUACGAUAUUCUAUCACAUCUAGCCUGGUUACUAGGCAGGCCACAGAGUUAUGUUCAUAUUUUUUAGAAAAAAUGUUAUUUUUUCGUGUAAAUAGGAGAUUUAGAAGACUGUUUUAUUUAUGGAAACUGGAAAGAAAUCAUUUUCACACCCAUAGUACAAGUUCACAUGAAAUAACAACGAAUUUUUCAAAUGGACGUAACUUGACUUUAUCCACCGGGCAGUACGCCAGGCUGGCUGACGGAUGUGCGGUAGGCACGUUAGGAGACACCUCGGUCAUGGUAACUGUGGUUUCAAAAACCAAACCCAGCUCGAGCAAUUUCUUACCCCUAGUAGUAGAUUAUCGACAAAAAUCAGCCGCUGCCGGUCGCAUACCCACGAAUUUCUUUAGAAGAGAGCUAGGACCUACAGAAAGGGAAAUAUUAACAUCUAGAUUAAUUGACAGGAGCUUACGACCGUUGUUUCCCUCAAACUACAAUUUUGACACACAGGUAGUAUGUAACAUGUUAGCUGUUGAUGGUGUGAAUAACCCAGAUAUAAUUUCUAUUAACGCUGCUUCGGCCGCUCUAGCCUUAAGUGACAUUCCCUGGAACGGACCUGUAGGUGCUGUGAGAGUUGGUCUGAUCAAUGAAGAGGUACUUAUAAACCCUACCAGAAAAGAAUUGCAAUCAUCUAGUUUAAAUUUAGUAAUAUCAUCAACAAAAAAGAACUUGAUAGUUAUGUUAGAAGGCAAUGCCAACAACAUUCUUCUCCAAGACCUACAAAAAGCUAUUAAGGUCGGUAGCAAAGAAGCCCAGCAUAUUAUAAAUGAUAUAGAAAACCUACAAAAACAAACUGGUAAGCCCAAGAGGGUGCUGGAAUUGGCACCCAAGCUUAAUGAGGAAAUCAGUGAGGCUUUGAGGACUUUAAGCCAAAUGCGUCUUAGGGAAAUUCUACAAAACUAUUCGUUGGAUAAAAUAGCUCGUGACGUCGCGCUGAGUGAGGUUAGGACUAAUGUUCUCGAACAAAUUCGGUUAACGUUUCCAGACAGUGAUGGAAAUAUUGUGAGUGAUGGUUAUAACAAAUUAGUAAAGCAGAUAUUUAGAAAUUUGGUUUUCGAAAAAGACUUGAGAUGUGACGGCAGAGACUUGGACCAACUUAGAGAUAUUUCUUGUCAAGUUGAUAUGUACAAACCUCUACACGGAUCAGCUAUGUUUCAAAGGGGCCAGACACAAGUUUUCUGUACAGUUACAUUAGAUUCACAUGAAAGUGCCAUGAAGUUGGAUCCAUUAAGUAUAGUAACAGGGGGUAUUAAAGAAAAGAAUUUCUUUCUUCACUACGAAUUUCCUCCGUUUGCCACGAAGGAAACGGGCCGUAUAGGCCCGAUAGGCCGCAGAGAAAUGGGUCAUGGGGCCUUGGCCGAAAAAGGACUAAAUCCAAUCAUUCCAAGCGAUUUUCCUUUUACAAUCAGAUUGACAUCGGAAGUGCUAGAGUCUAAUGGGUCUAGUUCGAUGGCUAGUGUUUGUGGGGGAAGUUUGGCACUGAUGGACGCUGGGGUACCUGUAAAUACGGCCGCUGCGGGCGUUGCUAUCGGUUUAAUCACCCAAUACGAUGACAGCGAUAACAUUAGUGACUAUAGAAUACUCACUGAUUUAUUGGGUAUUGAAGAUUAUUUGGGGGAUAUGGACUUUAAAAUUGCUGGAACCAAAAAAGGUAUCACAGCCAUACAGGCCGACAUCAAAAUUGCCGGUCUGCCACUGAAAAUAGUGAUGGAAUCGUUACAGAAAGCCUCCGAUGCCAAGGGGAAAAUACUGCAAAUAAUGAACGACUGUAUAAAAAAACCCAGAUCCACGAAGAAGGACAACUGGCCAGUAACGGAAAAACUCGAUGUGGAGCCUCACAAAAGGGCGAAGCUUCUGGGACUGGGAGGUAUCAAUUUGAAAAAGCUGUUUGCCGAAACUGGUGUACAGGUAUCCCAAGUCGAGGAUACGACCUUUCAGAUUUUCGCUCCCAACCAAAGCGCGAUGGACGAAGCCAAAGAAAUAAUUCAAAAGCUACUGACUACAGAGAGGGUUCCAGACCUAGAGUUUGGGGGCGUCUAUAAGGCGACAAUUGUUGAAGUUAGGGAUAUUGGUGUUAUGGUCACGCUGUACCCAGGAAUGCCACCCGCCUUACUCCAUAAUUCUCAGCUAGAUCAAAGAAAAGUUGCACAUCCUUCAGCGUUAGGACUAGAAGUCGGUCAAGAAUUGCAAGUUAAGUACUUCGGUAGGGACCCCGUUUCUGGCUUAAUGAGGCUUUCCAGAAAGGUACUAACAGCAGCAAAAAGCGCCGUGUAAAUAAAAUAACAAAUUGCCAAGAUGUUUAUAUUUAAGACUGUGAUUUUCAUGUUCAAUAAAACAUUUUUUUUUA